UCAGUCUGAGCCAGAGUCAGUGUGAAACAACUCUCCUAUCGCAAACGACGUUUUAUCAAGUCAACAGUACAAAAGAGCAUUUUUAACCUAAUCUAUAAGUUGAUGAUAGUUGAAAUUAUAGUACAUAUAUUAUAGAAUAUGAGUGAAAGACCUAAUCUAGUAAUAAAAUCACUCAAAAAGACUGAGUUCAAUAAACUCUAUCAUCCAAAAGCUUCAACUCUGAAAAGUUUGAAAACAUCUUGAACGAUGUGAAGUGAGCGCGGUUCGCAGGAGUAAUAUUUAAAGUUUCAGAAAUACAAAACUGAUGUAACGCAAUUCAAAAUGAAAUCCUUAUCAGUGGCAGCGACAUUGAUAACUGCAGGCAUACUCUCAAUUGCCUCAUCUGAAGCUUAUAAUAUUCUUGCAAUAGUUCCUAUCAGAACUAAAAGCCAUUUCAUGGUUAUAGAAUCUGUACUGAAAGGACUGGCGGAAAAAGGACAUAAUGUGACGGUUGUAAACGUGAAUCCACAGAAAACCCCCAUUAAUAAUUAUCAUGAUAUAGAUAUAUCGUCACAAUAUCCGAAGCAUACAGUUAAUAGUAUAACCAUCGAUUUUAUUCUCUCCAACAUGAAACCAAUACAUGAAGGACUAUUUUUCAUUUGGGAAUAUGGAUUUCAGUUAUGCUCAAAUGCUUACAAGGAUCAACGAGUUCAGAAUCUGAUCAAUACAACUGGAAAAUUUGACCUGGUUAUAACCGAAAUAUUCAGCUCUGAUUGUUUUGUUCCAUUUGCAUAUAAGUUGAAAGUUCCUCUUGUGUCGAUAGUCACAAGUUCUGCAUUACCAUGGAUGAAUUCUAGAGUUGGCAACCCAGAUAAUCCUUCAUAUCUAGUGAAUUAUGCCAGCAGUUUCAGUCCACAAAUGACAUUUUUAGAGAGAUUGGAGAAUUUUUAUUUUUUGAGCUUUGCGAAAAUCGGCUACCAUUUUCUCAGUGAUAAUGGUGCAUAUAAAAUUGCAAAGCAAUAUUUUGGAGAAGAUUUACCACACAUAUCUCAAAUUUAUCAGAAUACUUCGUUGAUUUUAGUGAACAGCCACUUUUCAAUCAAUCAAGCUCGACCUUUUGUUCCAAACGUUAUAGAAAUUGGAGGAAUACAUUUGAAAGAGGUUGCAUCUUUACCAGAGGAUUUUCAAAUUCUGCUGGAUAGCGCUCAUAAUGGUGCAAUAAUAUUUUCAUUUGGAAGCAUAGUUAGGGUGUCAAGUUUCCCAGAAAAUGUAAGAACUGCAUUUACUACAGCAUUUUCACAACUAAAACAACUGAUUAUUUGGAAAUAUGAAGAAGAGCUCUUGACCAUUUCUCCAAAUGUGAUUCUGAGAAAAUGGAUACCACAAUUUGAUAUUCUUGCUCAUAAAAACGUGAAGCUAUUGAUGACACAUGGAGGCCAAUCAAGUUGUAUUGAGGCAGCCUACCAUGGAGUGCCAGUUAUUGGAAUUCCCCUGUUCGCCGACCAGCCUGGAAAUGUGAAAAAUCUGGUAAACAGAGGCAUGGCAAUACAUAUAGACUACUUCAAUAUAACUGCUGACACCAUUACUCAUGCAAUACAAACGAUUCUAAAUGAUAAAAGUUUCAAGGAGAAUGCCGAGAAAGUAUCGCAAACUUUCAAAGAUAGAGAAAGAACUCCUAUGGAAUCAGCAAUCUAUUGGAUAGAAUAUGUGGUGCGCUAUAAAGGAGCGGCUCACCUCCAAACAUCCGCCAAUCAGUUAUCUGCGAUUCAGUUUUACUUAUUAGACAUUUUUGCCUUCUUGUUCGUGAUAUUUAUUGCGACAGUGCUUGUACUAAUAAAACUUCUGGCAAUAAUUGCUGGAAGCUUUAAGAAAAGCGAAGGGAAACAUAAACAUAAGAGCAAAAAGAAAAGUGAUUAAUCACUCUAAACUGGGCAGAAAUGAAUGUCUCGGGUCGGGUAAUUAGUAGCCAAAAUUCAAUUGUGAAGUUCAUUCGGAAUUGAAAAACAAUAAUUGCAUAGAGUAAAUAUAUCAUAAGAAGAUAUCCCAUAAAUGUAUAGGGCGUUUAUGUUCCAAAUUACACUGUUAACUUAAGCCGAUAGACUUAUAUAGUGAGGUCCACGUUAUAAUGGCAGUGUUUGAUUAGUAAUGGUAUAUUGCUGUACCUGUCUAUCAUUCAACAUAGGCAACACAUCUCUUUCUCGCUUUGCUCUGUUGCCAGAUCGUCUCUUAACAAUGUAGAAUUAUGAAUUCAUUAACAAAAUAUUUCAUCUAAAUUAGGAAAAUCCAUUAUAAAAUUAUUGAAGUAUAUAAUUUCUUGUUCAAUAAAACAUUAUUAAUUAUUUUAAACGAGAAUGAACAGUUUAUAUUACAUCAAUAAUUCUUUAUCAGCUACCGUUUAUAGAAGGCAUUGACAAGACUGAGGAUCGGCAACGUUGUUCUCUUAUUUUUCUCCACUGCCAUUAUAACGUGGUAGGUACUUACUAUAGUAGUUCUUUUUGAUGGAGCUGGUAGUCUCUCAUACUAAGCCGUUCUUAUACACCUCUCACCCGGACAAAACAGUAUUAAUAGACAGUAGUCGACAGUAAUUUUGGUUCGAGUUAACAAAAAUCGACUUGAAAUUUGGAACAUAAACGUUAUAUACCAUAGGAUAUCUUCUCAUAUGCUAUAUUUUCUCUAAAAUAAUAAUAUUAUUCGACUUGAAAUUUGGAACAUAAACGUUCUAUACCAUGGAAUAUCUUCUCAUGCUAUAUUUUCUCCAUGAUAACAGCAGUUGACUGCCUUCUUACCAAAAAACGUCCUCUCAAACUAUGAGUUCUCUCAAGGUGAAACAUGACUGACACUCUAAUAUAGAUUGGAAAUAGGCUUGUUAAUUAUUAUAAAGGCCCCGUCAACUAUCAACUUCCAGUAAUGAAGGUUGAAAUUCAUCAAGACUUCUUCCCAGCUUAUCAUCUCUCUCAAUGAGAAAUGAAUGAUGGAAAUGUAUGAAUUAUAAUAUAAUUAAUAAUUUGUGCAAAUGCUAAUGAAUAAACAACUAUAUUCAAACAAAAUCAGUAUUUUAUGGCAUUCUGACAUUUAAAUUAAUAUGAAAAUGAAUGAAUUUAUAAGAAUAUUUUCAAAUCUUAUUUUGUUAGGAUUUAGAUCACUUGAUGACUGGAUUAUUUCAUUAAUUUGUAUUAGUUAUGAAAUUAUUUUUAAUUACUGUACCGUACAUGAAAUAACGAAACAAAUAAAUAACUCAGACUCUG